CAAGGUGGUGCAUGUGUGUUUAAAACAAAGCACUGUAUACAGGAAUACAGAAUUUGUGAUCUGUAAUAGGCGGGGAACUAUUUCUUUGAAUAAGUAGUGUUUGUGUGUAGAAACCUCUACUGUAUAGUUAGCUUUUGCUCAGCACAACUUACUGAAAUUAGUUUUUCAUCAGUGAGGGGAGUUAGAGUCUUUCUUGUGCUGUUGUGUUCCAUGUUCUUUGAGAGUUUCAAGCUGUGUUCUGAGGUGGUUCAUGUGUCCUGUUUGAACCAUAGUACACACAGUUAAAAUUGUAUUGAUGCAUUUUCUUUCCAGAAAUUUGCAUGGUGUUUUACUGAUGUUCUGCAAGGUCACAAUAUAACCCAAAGCAAUUGCAGAGCACUAGUUGUAAUAUUAAUGUUUUCUAGGCAGCAUUAGAAUUGUAAAUUUCAUGUUACCACUGGACUAUUGCAUUUGUCUUACAGAUUUGGAUUUCGGACAGUGCCAAAGCUACAUAAAAGGUGAUAUGGAAUGCUGAAGUUCUCCUUCAUGGGUAUUUACUUCAUUAUAUUGACUAGAGGAAUUGGAAAGUGAAAUUGUGGACAGUUAAGGGAUACAAAUAAAGCAACAAAAAUGGCAGGAGAGAAAACAGAAAGAAAUAAUCAAGGCCUCACCUCUGAAAGUUGUUUUGAAUGGAUUAAUUUUUAUAGAACUGUGGGGUUUUUCUUGUUGUUUUUCAGAAGACUGUGCCAAAGAAGGCUUUCACUCAGAUGACAUCACAUUUGGACUGCUAAUGCUACCCACCCACUCUACAAGGCACAAUGCAUUUCUGGGUAAUUUAACAGAUGUAAAGGGAAGCCCAUUCGUUCAUUUGCAAAAUCUUCUGGAAAUUUAUUUGGAUGUUGUGUACUGAAUGUCACUGAAAGUAGUUCAGAAUUUAAUUUCUGCAGAAGAGGAUACAUUGAACUCCGCGUUGUUCUUCAUAGGAACCAGGUUUCAUCCCUAAACCUCACACUUUAACAAGUCCCAAAGUGUAAAAGGCAGACGUACAAAUGUCUACCACAAGACUAAAGUGUGAUGUGUUAUGUUUUUUACCAUAAGCACCCAUAAAAUGAGCUCCAUUGCAGACAGAAAUGAUGGAAGCAUUUUUGAUGGGCUGGUGGAAGAAGAUGACAAAGAUAAAGCAAAAAGAGUGUCUAGAAACAAGUCUGAAAAGAAACGUCGAGAUCAGUUUAAUGUACUUAUCAAAGAGCUGGGUUCCAUGCUUCCAGGUAAUGCUCGGAAAAUGGAUAAGUCCACUGUGCUGCAGAAGAGCAUUGACUUUCUACGGAAGCACAAAGAAAUUACUGCACAAUCAGAUGCCAGUGAAAUUCGACAGGACUGGAAGCCGACAUUCCUUAGUAAUGAAGAGUUCACACAGUUAAUGUUAGAGGCUCUUGAUGGUUUUUUUUUAGCAAUUAUGACAGAUGGAAAUAUAAUAUAUGUGUCUGAAAGUAUAACUCCCUUACUUGAACAUUUACCAUCUGAUCUUGUGGAUCAGAGUGUAUUUAAUUUUAUCCCAGAGGGGGAACAUUCAGAAAUCUAUAAAAUAUUGUCUUCUCAUCUGCUGGAAAGUGAUUCAUUGACACCGGAAUACUUAAAAUCAAAAAAUCAACUAGAAUUCUGUUGCCAUAUGCUGCGAGGAACAAUAGAUCCAAAAGAGCAACCUACAUAUGAAUAUGUAAAAUUUAUAGGAAAUUUCAAAUGUUUGAAUCAUGUUUCCAACUCAGCGCACAAUGGUUUUGAAGGAACUAUUCAGAGAUCACACCGGCCUUCAUAUGAAGAGAAAGUUUGCUUUGUAGCCACAGUGAGACUAGCUACACCUCAGUUUAUCAAGGAAAUGUGCACUGUUGAAGAACCCAACGAAGAGUUCACAUCUAGACAUAGCUUAGAAUGGAAGUUCCUAUUCUUGGAUCACAGGGCACCUCCCAUAAUAGGUUAUCUUCCAUUUGAAGUUUUGGGAACAUCAGGCUAUGAUUAUUAUCAUGUGGAUGAUCUAGAUAAUCUGGCAAAAUGUCACGAGCAUUUGAUGCAAUAUGGGAAAGGGAAGUCAUGUUACUACAGAUUCCUUACAAAGGGACAACAGUGGAUUUGGCUGCAAACACAUUACUAUAUCACGUAUCACCAGUGGAAUUCCAGGCCAGAGUUUAUUGUCUGUACGCACACUGUUGUAAGUUACGCAGAAGUUAGAGCAGAAAGACGACGAGAACUUGGUAUUGAAGAGUCUCUUCCAGAGAUAACAGCUGAUAAAAGUCAGGACUCUGGGUCUGACAAUCACAUAAACACAGUGAGUCUCAAAGAAGCAUUGGAAAGGUUUGACACCAGCCCCACACCUUCUGCUUCCUCCAGGAGUUCAAGAAAAUCUUCACAUACUGCAGUAUCGGAUCAUUCAUCAACACCAACUAAAAUGACAGUGGACACUAGCACUCCUCCAAGGCAAAGCUUAUCUGGUCAUGAAAAGACUGCACAAAGAAGAUCAUCUCUGAGCAGUCAGUCUUUAAGCUCACAGUCUCUUGGACAACCAGUAGCACAACCAGUGAUAUCUCAGCCUGCAACUUUACAGCUCCAGUCUGGCAUGACCCAGCCUGUGUUUCAGUUUUCAGCACAAUUAGGAGCUAUGCAACAUCUAAAGGACCAGCUAGAGCAAAGAACACGCAUGAUAGAGGCAAAUAUUCAUCGGCAGCAGGAAGAGUUGCGUAAGAUUCAAGAGCAGCUUCAAAUAGUUCAUGGUCAAGGACUUCAGAUGUUCUUGCAGCAGUCAGCUUCUGGACUCAACUUUGGUUCUGUGCAGCUUCCUUCUGGAAAUUCUUCAACUGUUCAGCAGCUUACGCCAAUAAACAUGCAAGGUCAAGUUGUUCAGACUAAUCAGACUCAAAGUGGGAUGAACACAGGCCAUAUAAGUACUCCACACAUGAUACAGCAGCAGCCUUUGCAGAGUACUGCAACACAGCAUAGUCAACAAAAUGUACUUAGUGGACACAAUCAACAGUCUUCUGUUGCCAGUCAGUCACAGAACACAGUCUCAGCACCUUUGUAUAACACUAUGGUGAUUUCUCAGCCAACAACGGGAAAUGUGGUCCAGGUUCCUUCUAGCUUACCACAGAACAACCAGAACGCUGCUGCAGUAGCCACUUUUACACAGGACAGGCAAAUCAGAUUUUCUCAAGGUCAGCAACUUGUAACAAAACUUGUCACAGCCCCAGUGGCAUGUGGAGCAGUAAUGGUACCAAGUACUAUGUUUAUGGGACAGGUGGUGACAGCUUAUCCCACUUUUGCUGCCCAACAGCAGCAGACACAGACUUUGUCAAUAACACAACAACAGCAGCAGCAGCAGCAGCAAAGUCAGCAAGACCAUCAGCAGCAGCUCACCACAGUUCAACAACCAGCUCAGUCACAGCUGACCCAGCACCCCCAGCAGUUCCUACAGACAUCCAGGUUACUUCAUGGAAAUCAGUCAGCUCAGCUUAUCCUCUCUGCUGCUUUCCCACUACAACAAAGCACUUUCACUCAGUCCCACCACCAGCAGCAUCAGUCUCAACAGCAGCAACUGUCACGACACAGAACUGACAAGAUGACUGACCCUUCUAAAGUUCAGCCACAGUAGUGUGGAGCUCUGCCUCUUUUUGAAGCAAACUGCCAGGAGGGGCUGCUCCCCAAACAGUUGCACUGAAGCUACAGACGUAGCAGUUCGAAGGCUUUCUAUCACCUAAUUGAGAUCUACUUCUGACUUCUGGAAUCUUUUAAGCCACAAGAUAAUGAUGGGGACAUGGCCAACUUUGAGAGUUGCCCCAGUUUCUGUGUUCUAAAGGAUUUGCUGCCAUGUUUUAAUUUGUCCAGGUGAAAUCUCCAAAUGUGACUGAAAUGAGAGUGAUGCUGAAAAUAUCGGUAUUUUUAUCAAUCCUAUACAUUUUUAAAGUAUUAAAAUGGACAUGGAGCAAUUGUUUGAAUUAGCAGAAAAAAAUGCCAGGAAUAUAGUCCAAAAACCAUCUAAUUUUUUUUCAGAUGAUUAUGGGACAGUAAAUAUUUUGAAAAUGUUGUGUGAAAUCCAGUUCUCUGUUGUACAGAUGCUGUAAAAUAUUGUGUAUAUGUCUGCAUAAAAGGAGAAAGAGCAAAAUAUUUUAUAUGAUGCAUGAAAAUGUAAUCUGUUAUUUGUAGGUUUGAAUAUGUUUCCCUAAAUUCUCACACCAUACUCAGACUAAUGUUUUCCUCUGUUCUACCCUUUUGUUUACAACAUGAUGCAUCGUUAUUUUCACCCUUAAUGUGGGCACAAGUCUCUUGUUUGUGCUUUGUCUGUGAUGUCAGGGUUUGUUCGGUGAGGUAUAGUGUGUUGGUUAGUUGACUUCUUGAAGUUAAAUUAUUGAUGAAGCUGUUUGAACUGGUGAUCAUGCAUCAGGGUUCAGGACAUUCAGAUUCAUGAAUAUCAUCCAUAAUUUCAUAAUGAAUUCAUAGUUUUAUUUGAAAAAUAGGAAUUUGCACUGCUUUCUUGCAGAUGGUUUGGAAUUUUAUUCCCCAAAGCUAUCUUUUGAUAUAGUUCAUAGUUGGAAAUAUUUAUGUAAAAGGUUUAAAAAAAAUGACAGUAAUUUUCAAGAAUGUUUCAGUUAUAGGAGUAAUUUGCACAAAAAUAUAUUUACAUUUAAUAACCUUUUGGGCACUUUUUAACCACUUUCUCUGUGGUGAGAAUUGUAACUUGUUAAAACAUGUUGGAAUCUUUUUAUUCUCCUUCAAAAAUUAGUCAGAACUAAUUCAGGGUCAUUUUAACAACAACAAAACCCAUAGUGCCUUGAUUUUAAUUCAGGUGAUAAUGUUGAACAUCUUGAAUUACAAUGUCUUGAAUCUGUAACCAUUUUCAAUUUUGAAGUCUUAGCACAUUGUCAACCAAACUUGUGUAUCUACUUCAUAGAUAUUUCUGUAUUGUGUUUAUUUUAACGAUGGAGUGAGUUGAGACCAUGAAUAUUUUUGACUGGUACUCCCCCUCAGAUAGUAGCCAGAAAUAGAGGAGUCUCAAAAAUCUCAGACCUUUAAGGUAAUACUCUUAAAAAUAAUUAAAAAAAAAAAACAAACUAAAAGUACAGGACUCCUUUUGCAGGAGGAGGAAUAAUAAGCUGAUUUUUUUUUUUAGUAAUUUUUGAAGCAUUCAAAGUAUGCUUUGGGGGAGAUCGUGAUUGCAUUUAACACUAGCAGGCUAUUGAUUUGAGAUACCACUGAACUAAGACUUCAGAAGGCAACUUCACUUUAUAAAGAAAAUAAAAAGUUCCAACAGAUAUGAUGUGCUAUUUAACUAAAUGUUGGUAGGCUUUUAUGGUACUAGUUUGUGGAAACCAGAACUUCAGAGGAAAAGGAAUAAAUGCUGAUAGAUCUGAUAAUUAAAAACAAACAAAAAAACCCCAACAGUAAAAGCAGUUAAAAUUAGUACUAGCGAGAGAAAGCUGGAUUAAUCUUGAAUACUGAAGAGGAGUUGAAUGAAUGUAACCAAAUGGUGAUGGUCCAUUUUGUACUGUGGAACAGUUUGAUUGUAUUACUGGAUGAACCAAACCCGCAGGAGGUUAUAGGAGUUUAGCCAAGCCUUUGAUGCCGUUGGUUACGUUUUGGGGCUAGCCUUUGCCUCUGCACGUGUCCCAGCAUUAGAUCUUUGUUAUUCCCCAGUCAUAAAGCAAAUAUUUGGCACCAAAAAGCCAAGCAGUGAACAAGAAAGGAGAGUGUGAGAAACACAGUACCAAAGAGAAUCAGAUUGCUCUCUGCUCCAAGAAGCCUACUGCAACCUGGAGCAAGGAACAGAUGCCAAUACCAAACACAGCAAGAAACACUUCCCCUACUUUAAAGGGAUUUCUGGCAUUCUCCAGACUGGGAUAAUUGUCAGAGACCUGUUUCUGUAAAGUUCUAGGUAAAGAAAUCCUGCCUUGCUCUGCUAUCCCUACCACUCCAUUCCACUUGUUUCUGUAUGAAGCUGCAUUGACUAGAGGUCUGUGCUAUCAGUUCUUUGCCUAAUGAAAAAUAGGUUAGAUACAAAUUUUUUAAACCAAUUACAAUGAAAAUAUAGCACUAAAAAAGAAAAGUGGGAGAGCUUUAAUAGUACUGUUAGAACUACUGAAUAAUGGUAAAAUAGGUGUAUUAAACUAUUAUACUGAGAAUUACAGAAAUUAAGAGAUACCAGCCAGACGGUUAAUGAUGCAGCUUUUUAUAUAAAGCUUUGUUUAAACUUCUCUUCCCACUUUCCCCUUCCCAAAUACUCUGGUGUGCUGCUAUAGGUCUGUUGGUAAAAAGGCUAAACUAGGAGAGAAAUUAGAUGAUAUGAUAGUGUGGCUGCUGAAAGAGAACUAUAAAAAUGUAUGCUUUGACCAAGAAACUUUUUGUAAUCUCAGAGAGAGGUCAUUCAAUUACAGAACUACCAGCUAGUAGAGAAAGGAUAGAAGAUGGGGAAAUUCAAAGAAACUGGAAAAACAUGGCACACAUUUGAAAAAUUCCUGACACUAAUCAGGCAAGCAUUUUACAAAAGCAAGCAUGUAGAAUUUGGUCCAGAUUGUGUGCAAGUAUGCAGAUGUGUUGUUUCACAGGUAGUGACUAAAAAGUGUGUAUUUAUUUAAUGGGUCUGCAGCUUUCCCUGUUGCUGAAUCAAUUGCUGAAUUGUCCUUGAAUUUUAGUAAGAAGAGGACCAGCCUAUUGCCUCUUUCUUAAUCAGCCUUUUGCUUCCGCCCAGCUCAUUUACUACAGUCAUAGAUUUAUUUUCAACAUCCUGAUAAGUAGCAUGAUAAUGGAUGCUGUGAUACUGCAGCAGGUUCUGGAGCGGAAAUGUUACAGAACAACUCUGACAGAAGGGAAGGAGUCUGUUAAGGGCAGGAUUGUAUUUAUGAAGAAAUGGCCUGGUGAUACAUAAUGGAGUGAAAAAGAUGGCGUAGUUGCACAGAGUUUAGGAGACAGACAUGGUUUACCUGCAAUGGGUGAGGAUUUGAAGAAAAGCAUCUAGGAUAACUUCAGAGAAAAAAGACUAUAGCUAUUUUUAUAUUAUAUUUAAUAUAUAUUAUAUUUGUAUAUAAAUAUGAAAGGAUUCUAGUAGGAGCUCUCCAUAUGCCUUCCACUUCAUCUAGAAGGUUUACCUUCUGCACUACAGUUCCAGUGUAUCACCACCUUCUGUGGGCAUCUUGCCUACUGCCAAACACCAAAAUGAGUAACCCAUUAUCCUUACAAGAAAUAGGUUUCAUUUCAGCUUUAUGUAAAAAUGAAUAAAGAUAUAUCAGGCAGUUUUUCACAGGAAAAAGAAAUUCUCUUAAGACUCAAAUAUUGCACUUUCUCUUUUUUUUUUUUUUUUUAGUAAUAACAAGCACUUUACUGAAAAGACUAUUUGAAAACCAGUUUAUUUCUUUAGUCAGUGAAACUGUUAAAAAUGGGGGGGCAUUGAGGAAUAAUGCAUAGAACUGUCAAGAGAGACAUUUCUGGAAAAUGUUUCUUUAAUAGGGUGAUCCUUUGAGGCUUAAAGUGCAGGAUUUACAAAGGCUUCUAAAGCCAGUUGCCUUUAUGUUUUAUAUGGCCAGGGGAAGGGAUUAGAGAUGAUAGCUUCCUUGAAAGGAGGCUUUUUAAAUUGCACAGUUGCCUAUGAGAGAGAAUCAUCUGGAGGCUCAUUUGCCUGCUCAAUAAUUCUAAGUGUCCCUUAGGAUUAUAAUUUGUGAAAAUGUUCUGAAGGUUUAAAGUUGUGGCCUUUUUCAGAUGUUAAAGUCGAUUCAAGAACCAUUUAUAUUUUCAGAGAUUUAACCCAGGUAUUGUUAUGAGUGUUUUAAAUGUCACGGCAUCGGGAGAUGUCAAACAUGUCAGAUUCAUAAGCUUCUCUAUUUGAAAAAAUUAUUAAAAUUAGAUAUACAGUCAGAGGGCUGGAAAAUGGUUAUUUUGAUUAAAAGGGAAAAGAGACUAGUUUUAAUAAUUAACCUUUUAUUUUUUUACUUAUCCCUGGUGGAAAAAGUUAAAGAGAAUUAAAUUAAUUUGGAUUAAAAAAAGGACAUAUUUGAACAAAUCAUAGUAGAUGAGACAGCUGUGAGAGAACAUUUGAAAUUGUCCAUGAGACUGGAUAGUUGCUUUUUCACUAUGAUGAUUUUUAACACUACAUUCCUUGUCUUUUUUUUUUUUUCCUUUUUCUAAGCAGGUGAUUUUAAGCUCUGCUACACUUCAUGCUAUGCCAUCCGCAUGAAUUUUGCCAGCAUGAUAUGCUAUAUUCAAAGAAAGUAUACCUAAAUAAAAAGGAAGGGGGGGAAACAAAACACUGUGUCUGAAAAAAAUACUGUAUGGCCUAAUACAGAGACCCCAGCUAUGACUGAGAGAUGCUGCAUUAAUAGACAAUCAAUCAUGGGUAAUUAUUUAUGAAACACUUUUGGGAAUGGUCUUAAAGGUGUAACUGCUUUGAAAGCAGUUGGUGAGUUGUCUUUUUCUAACAAGAAAGGUAAAAAAUAUUUAUUUUCAAAUAUAUCAGAUUGAAUUUUGAGUUUUUAAGCAGUGUUGAUUUCACAGUGUCUUGGGUUUCAGUUUUGUUUUGUAUUUUUUUAACUGGCAUUAGAUUUGUAUACGUAAAAGAAACAGAAAAACCCUAGUGCCGUUCAUAUUGACGUCAGGAAAUGUAGAUACAGUUCCCUGGUGUUCAUGUGACCAUUACUAACUGUCAAUUUUUUAACUGAAUAAAUGUAACUCAUUUGAAAUUUUGCUUUCUGUAGCUUCUAAGGUUCUAGAAGUUUUUUUUUCCUGAGUUGCUUGAUGUCAGUUUUAUCCAAGUUUCACAGUGGAGCGCUCUUAUACCCUUCCCACGACUGUACCAAAGGCACUCUCUCUCCCCCACUCACAGAACUGACUUGUGAGAAGUUGCUUGAUGUCACUUUUAUCUUCUGUCCCCUACCCAGACAAAUGACUUGUGAGAUUUCAGUAAAAAUGCAUACUGUAUUUUUUCCUUGUCUUCUCUCUGUAUCUCUUUAUAAACUGAUGCCCCACUCUAAAGGCUAGA